AUGGAUACUCCUUCCACUGUAGAAUCGAUGAGAGAGGAGCAGGAUUUCAUCAGGCGGUUGUACAGCGCCGCCCACUCUCUGUCUUGCGAUGACCCAGACUGUCCCUGGGCUGACCUUUUAAAUGAAUCUUCGAAUUUGGACGCCUCACCUCGCCAGGACGCAUUGCUCCUCGUUCUCCUCGGUAUCGUUGACAACAUUAGCGAAUGUCUCGAUUUAAUCCGCAUCUUGUUGGCGAGCAGGGACGACACUAACAGGCCGGAGCACUUCACGCAACCAACCACGAGCUGGGUCCCUGGGUCCAGCACCCCAUCUCACUCUCAGAGCGAGGGCACGACCAUCACCGCCCACGGCCCCCUCAGAGAGCCCCCUAUACCCAGUCUGUAUCACGAUCAGUGGGCUCGGUCCCCGGCAGUCUCGCCGCCGGCGUACACUGCGUUCUGGCACAGCCGUCCCCAGAGCUUCCCACGCGCACCCGCACCCUCGCCAGCGACCCGGGACUCGGAGACGACAACCCCCACCGGCGGGACUCCCGCCCCCGAAGAUCAAGACGGAGUAGGCUGUGGCAAUCUGGACGACCAGCACCAAACCGGAACCCAGACCGAACCGUUCAUUCACGCGCCGAGGACCACUCAAUCGUCAGCAGAUACGCCAUGCCGCCGUUGCUCGCCCACUGGCGGCAACGAUAGUGACCACCAGCCGCGUGGCCGGUUUGCUGCCCGGGUUGACAGCGACAGCGAGGUCGGGGAAUGA